UUUAAUGAUAAGGAAAGUCAUUCUGUUUUAACUUAUGAAGAGGCUUUAGAACGAAAGAUUAGUUCUUUAAUAGGAACCUUCACUGACGCACUCAUAAUCUCUUCAAGAAAUGUAACAAGUGCACAAGAGUUACAAAAAGAAAGGCAAAAACAUUUGACUAAAGCUUACGAGUAUCACGAAAAUGAUAUCAUAUUAUUAUAUGAUUCUGCUAAAAGACAAGUGCAUGGACAAAAGGCCUUAUUUUUCUCAAGUUCUAAAAAAUUUUUACAAAUCAUGGAACUUCAACUUUCAGAAACUCAACAUGCUAGAUUAUUAGAACUUUAUCAAAGUUUACAAUUAGAUUACACUUCUGUUAAUAUACAAAUGACCUCUACAUGA